AUGCCAUUGCAUGAAGUACUCGAAGAUCAAUGGGACUUUAUACAUCCGGAUACGACUGGGCACAGAGGUCGCAUAAUCAACACCUCUAGUGCUGGUGGCUUGAGAGAGGCCCGAGGGGCAGCAAUGGCAGAAAAAUUAGUGCCGGGCGCUGAAUUUGAAGCAAUAUUCGAGAAGAUGACGCCGCUUGGAGUCUUGAACACUGCAGAUAAAGAAAUUGGCAAGGCGGCUGUUUCUUGGCUAGCGCGGAGUCAAGCUGGAUGA